AUGUUGUGGCGCAAACGCAACACCCAACAUGAUUCUCCGUGUCCAGGAAGUCCAGGCGGUAAGGAAGGGGGUAGUUCGAACGACUGUCCUCCUGCAUCCAACUCCCCUUGCCUUCCUCCGCCUCCUUCUCCUCCUCCUCUGCCAUCAGACGAAGCUGAGCUUACACCUCAACUCCCCAAGGAACGCCCAGACAUGGAGCACUUCCAACUCCUCAAGUGGAAUGCUUGUGCUUUUUGGUCGUGGGAUGUUAUGCACGACACCUGUGUCAUCUGUCGCAAUGCUAUGAUGAGUCUCUGUAUCCACUGUCAGGCGAAGAUAGGAACCAACCCGUUGGACGAAAUAUGCGCCGUGGCAUGGGGAGUGUGCAACCAUGCAUAUCAUUUGCACUGCAUAAAAAGGUGGCUGGAAAGUAGUGCGCACCCUCGAUGUCCAUUGGAUAACAGUGAAUGGGAAUUUAGUAUGUAA